ACACGCAUACACACACACACAUACACAAAUUUUGUAGAAAGAGUUACAAAUCCACAAAAUCAGAAGCCAGACAUAGCGGCCAUCGAAGCAUUCUGCGUGAUGCUUACUAAAGAAACAGAGGGUAUACAAAUAGGCAUCAAAUUAUUGGCAACGCAAAUUCAGUCACUCAGUGAAUCAGAAGCAUUGCAAGCACUUUCAUUAUUAGAUACUUGUAUGAAGAGAUGUGGCCCAUUAUUUCAUGCAGAAGUUGGUAAAUUCCGUUUUCUUAAUGAGAUGAUAAAAUUGGUCUCGCCGAAAUAUUUAGGUAAUCGCACUACAGCUAAUGUACGACAAAAAGUUCUGCAACUUCUUUAUGCGUGGAUCAAAGAAUAUCCUCGCGAAUCAAAAAUUAAGGAAGCUUAUGAGAUGUUGAAGAAGCAAGGAGUCAUUGAGAUUAAAGAAGCUGUAAUUUCUUUGUAACAAAUUUAUAUUGGAUUUCCUUUAACUUGAGCAUUUGUACAAAAUGCAAAUUACAUUCUUUUUUUGAAAAGCAA